GAAAGUGUCUCCGUUCUUUCUGUCUCGUGAGUCGUGAGAGGCAAGUUUUGGAGAUUGGGGAUGUUGUAUUGUAUCCACAAACUAACCCCCCUCAACGACUCUUUGCCACUUUCCUCGUGGAAUACGAUACCCUUACAUUAUUGAGAGGAGAUCAAUACGUGGACAGCAUUAUGCACCGGUCACGAUGAAGUAGAUCGUUCAUUGUUAACCAUGAAUCAUGACAGACUUCUCAUUUUCUUUGUGUGUGAAUAGGGUUUCCUGGGCAUGAUUGAACCUUAUUCAUGAUUCUGGAAGCUUUUUGGCCUUUCGAUUUCACUAUUUAGCCUUUUCGAUGCCAAUGUACUUUGUCUGCCACCAACGCGGCAUCCAGCAGCUACCAUUUUCCUUGUUAAAUAUUGACACUAGAUUCGAAGUUGCAUUGUGAAUCGUGCAUCGGGGAUCGUGAUUCGUGAUUCGUGCUCUACUCGAAUACGCAAAUCCCUCUUGAGCCAAUGGAGGCUGCGGAAUAUCAACAGACAGGUGAGCUAAUGUAUCAAUGUGAUACUAGCUAGCUUACACCUCUAUGUUUGGGUGCCUCCAAUUCGGUACCAUCUGCUCCGUACACGUUAUAUCGACAGCCAGAACCUUAUUGAGAAAUGGAGACAUGUCUCCAUGUAGAUGGGACUUGAUGAAUGCCAAAGUCGAGCAAGAGGAUCUCUCGCACUGUGAAUAUGCACUGUCUGACAGCCACGCAAGACUCAACUAUUUGGGAUUCGUGUGUAGGUAGUUGAACAUGUUUGAGCCCUCCCCCGUUUCCUCCAUGUAUGAUAUCUUUCAUCUAAAUUCGAAUCCAUAAUUCCAUCCACACUUCACACCCAUCCGCCCAUGAUCCAUCCAUCCAUCCAUCCAUCCAUCUUUUCAGCGAUAUCCACAAAGAAGCAAGCAUAUUAGGUCUUUGCUCGUUCGGUACGACCACCUACAAUUUCUGUUAGUGGGUGGAGGGGAGUAAUUUAGUUCUACUCCACUGACCCUCCGCCAUACGCAUACAGGAAUUAAUACACCCGGAUCAUACUACGGUACAGCACUUUUCAUACGGGACUACAGAACCUGGGAAUAUCCAUUGACAAUCAUACAAUACCAUCCCAUCCCAUGUUGUUAGAGUUGAUUCGCUAUUGCUCUGCUGGAUGUCUUUCUCCCUCCAAAUCCAAAGUUAGAUCCCAUUUUGUUUGACGAACUCCAAGCCUCGGAAUCUCGAGUCAGAGCCACAGACAACGAGAGACGAAGGGAAAAGUACUUAACAGACAGACGAGACAGGGAGCGAGAAAGCGUGUGGAUGCACUGGUCAAUCACCGAAGAAGCAGCAGCAGACGCAGAAGAAAAAGAAAGAGAGAGAGAAAGAGAAAGAGAAAGAGAAAGAAAGACUCUUUGAAAAGGGAAGAAAAGAAAUCGGAACAUUUUCCACCCUUCUCUUUCAAGCACCGGUGGACACUAAUACUCACUACGACUCACUCCUGUGCCUUCUUCGACCCUUCUCACACGCUACAGACCGCACUAUCUCAUAUUGCAACCAACAUACAAACACCCACUCACUACCCACUACCCACCACCCACUACCCACAUUCAUAUUACCAAUUUGCCGUCAUACUUUAUUUUAAGACUCUCACAUACCAGUAUCUUCUAUCGAUACAUCUAUACAUCUACGCACACAUAUACAUAUCUACAUCCAUACUCACACGCCCAUCCAAGUAUACCCUCGGAAACAUCCAUUCAACUCUUUUGACUUCCAUCGCGAUCCAAGCCUUUGGGGUCCGGCGGAUAGCGACCUGAGAAGAAGAACAAUACAAUACAACACCACCCAAGCGCCCCCUUGAACAAUUGUCUGUCAUCCACCAAUCCUCGGCCAAGAUUUCCGACAUUUGCGACACCACUUCCAUCUGACUCGCUGCAUUUGGGGUUGACAAGGAAAAAAAAAAGAUCACGGAUUUCACAGUGCAUAUUUGAAAACAACUCUAGAUUUGUCCAACCUUCGUCCAAUCGUCGCAAAUUCGGAAAGUUUAAGUUUGUUCAAAGGCAUCGUUCGAUUUAAACAGCCCCUCCCCAGAAGAACAAGAACACAAAUAUAUUCGAAGAAUAUAGCCACAAGCCCAUUUCUGCGAAAGCAUCCCAGCAUUGGAUUCGGUUGCGGGAUUACUGUUACAUUGGGCGAGGACCGUCCGAGAAGGAGGUGUGUCGCUCCAACAAAAUGCCUGGAACGGCACAAUACCUUGAGCGUGGGGGGUAUCUACAAAGAUUCCGCGACUCAUCUGAAGACUGGCAUACAAGUGGAGACUCGCAAAUAAAUAAUACUACAUCAUCAGAAUCGAUAGGGACACAGCACGAUUACAGAUUUCCUCGCAGGCCCGAAAACCAGUCUACUCACCCGACAUCUGCGAAUCAAUCAGCGAAUACUUACGAUACCAUUAACGACGAAACAAAGAGCUCUGACGCGAGCGCAAAGGCUCAGGAAGACAAACUGGAUCACCCAGCGCCAAGCCGUGCGCGCGAUGAUUUGCUUGGUGAGAGUUUCUUUCCGACUUGGAAAGAUGGCUCUGCCGGCGAGGAGCUCGAUAACACGGAUGAGAUGCAAAAGAAAGAUCCUCUGGCAACACAGAUCUGGAAGUUAUACAGUAAAACAAAAAAGACUCUGCCAAACCAGGAGCGAUUGGAGAACUUAACAUGGCGCAUGAUGGCAAUGAAUCUGCGAAAGCGCAGGCAGGAGGAAGAAAAUGCUCGAUUGUCUCAGCAAAAUCAGUCUUUAACUGGACCAAGUGGAAUUGCUCAGCUGAGAAAAUCUACAGACCAAAACACUGUAGACACUUCUGAUGCCAUGAAUCUGGACGAUUAUAUCCUUUCCGACAGUAUAUCCACACCAACAGGAAUCGCCACGUCGCCUUCCCCGGAACUUACGAAAAAAGAAAUUGACAGAUCGUCUAACUCUAUAGCUUCGGCGAUUCCUAUCAAAAUGCGGAAAGAAUCUACACAGCAGUUUUCGGUUCCACAAUCUGUCCCAGUUCCUCAUCACGCCCCUCGAAGUAAUGAAGAGUUUAAUUAUGUGCAGAGACAUGUGAGGAAAACAAGUAUUGAUGAGCGACGUGCCCGCAAACGACCGGCCGAUUUUUCGCCGCAAGUCAACAGCAUAAUGAUUCCAAAUGACCCCGAUGAUCUCCAAGAAUAUUCUUUGAACCAAUCUCACCCACCCUUUAACCACGGAGUGCCAGGUGUACCAUUUCAACUAGAUACUUUCAACAUGGACAAUGACCCGAUUAUCACCUCAGCAGGUCCCUUCCAACAAAACUUUAACUUCUCUCCCUCGCAUUCACCCCUCGUUCCCCAUGGACCAUUCUCUUCAAUGUACAACAAUGCUUCGAUGCCAUCUUCCUCGUUGAACUCAAACGAUUAUUAUUCUCCUCCUGGAAGUGCUUAUCCUUCUACAGUCUCUACUCCUCAGCCCAUUCCAGAGGGACAGGAAAUGUAUUUCUCACACGGAAUGAAUAUGCGACACCAACGCCCUCAUACUUUCAACCAAGGGCCUUCAAGUCUUUCCAACUCUAUGGCACCUCAAUAUAUGUACAACGGCAAUGGAGGAUCUAUGUUCACUGCAGUGACAUCCUCCGGUCCCACGAAUAACUCCUUUGCCUCGGCCGGUGGAUUUAAUCUGUCACAACACAUAGAUCCAUCUCAGGUCUUCCAGCCCGAUCAUCCUGUGCGAUCUCCUGGUGUUCAGAUCGGCCACGAAAAUAUGUUUUCAUUUGGAGCCGAUUCCGAUAACGAGGAUGAUGAAAGUCAAGCUUUUGCCGAUCGAACACUCAUGUUACAGCAUGAUUUUGCCCAAUCACCUUUGGACGACCAAAACAUGGAUAUGCAUGGAAGUGGUAGCUUGCAGUGGGAUGCUAGUUUGUCAGGACAAUUCAAUACUCAGGCAGCACGAUAUCCAGGAGGGCCACCAAGAAAACAAGUCACCAUUGGCGGAACAGAAAUGGUAUCGUCACCAUUAGAGUGGGAUGGAUCUGGUGGUUCCCUCGGGAGACACCACGGCUCUACUCAAUCCGUUUCCGAUAACCGUUCAAGAAAUGACAGGAGACAAAAGAUUCCUCGAACUGCCUCGACACCAAAUGCAGUACUUCUCGGCCAGAAUAGCAUGUUUGAUAACUCAGGACCUUCUGCAUCAAACUCACCACCAGAUACCAAUAACAUGUCAGGAUUUUCAUCAGUAGCACCCAGUAGACCAGGAUCUCCCGGUGGAUCUAAGCACGGUUCGACUACCAAUCUAGCGGCAGCUGGUCAAGGAGAUAACGGGGUACCAACAACUUGUACAAAUUGUUUUACACAAACAACCCCUCUCUGGAGACGAAACCCUGAAGGUCACCCACUUUGCAAUGCCUGCGGUCUCUUCCUUAAGCUCCACGGCGUUGUACGUCCCUUGUCCUUGAAAACUGAUGUCAUCAAGAAGCGAAAUAGAGGAUCUGGUGCUACACUUCCUAUUGGUAACUCAGGUGGCGCUUCAACGAGAGCUUCUAAGAAAAUAGGCACAAUGAGCAGCGGACCCAACACUAGAAAGAACUCGAUAGUUGCCGCAACAAGUAUGGUCAGCACUGCCCCGCAAACUCAAGUAACAACACCUACUAGCAGCCACGGGAGAAAUGCAAAUGAGAGUGCUAGCCCCCCUUCAAUUGCAGGUUCAUUAGGAAAUGGAGGAAGCACUGCAGGCAGUACUCCAACUUCCUAUCAUGGUUCUGCGGGCUCGUCUUCAGGCACAACAGGUGUCAGCGGAGGCAAAGGUGUGGUUCCUAUAGCAGCUGCUCCACCGAAAGCAACACCCGGCCCUGGUGCAGCAUCUACUAUGCCUCGGUCAAACGCAGUACCUAAGCGACAAAGAAGACAUAGCAAAAGUGUUAGUGCAAUUGAGAGUAUGGAUAUUGAUUCGCCUGAAGCUUCUACUGGUAGCAACGAGGCAGCAAAGUCUAUUGGUAUGGGAUUGAUGGGCUCCAAUGGAUCCGUGGGCUUAGGAAAUGGAUUUGGUAUGCCAGCAAGACCAAUGAUGGGACAAGGUGGUUCUGGAAUGCAAAUGGGUAUGGGAGGUUCACAACACGGAAUGAAUAUGAAUGGCCAAAAUGGACCUAAUGGCUCCGGUGCUGGUCCUCAAGAAUGGGAAUGGCUCACCAUGAGUCUCUGAUUGACCUUCUUUGUCGUUCUCUUUACCAGUGACGCCAUCGGGCGUUCUUUCCUUCCUAUGAUAUUUCCUGGGGUUGGUGGCUACAAUUGAUUCUUCCUCGGAGUUACUUAUACUCUGCCUUUUAUGAUACCAGCGAGGAUUCGCGCUUUAUAUUUUAAGAUACAAAUGAUACGAUGAUGAUGCUUUUUCUUUCUUAAUGGAUCGAAUCAACGUAAUGCAUCUCAGGUUAUAUACCCCACGAAGGGGCGGGAAAUAUUGGGAGGCUCUGUUGAAAUUUGCUUUUAUGUUUUCUGUUUUUAGCAUUAAGAGCUUUGAUAUCAUGUUACUUUUCCUUCUAUUUAUUCUACUCGUUCGAUCCUCUAGCUCUUGUACGGGGAUUGAGAGAAUUGAAACUUUGAUUAUGCGAAUUUGAUUUUUCUUCUUUUGCAUUGUGCUUGAAAGAUUUUGAGAGGUGAGAGAUUUAUGGUCAUGUUGUUUGCGUUUACGGGCGAGCUAUCUGCAGUAGAUACGAGGGAUGGGUAUGAAAUGUACUGGGUUGGUUGACGUAUUGGUGGAUAUGAUAGGGGUUGACCUUGGCUUGGUUCGAUUUUACUCGUGUUUUUGCUAUCGAUUUUUGGUCUUUCUGUCGGAGCAGCGCAUCAAUGGUUUGAGGGGUCCUUUAAUGACGUGAUUUGAUAUCCGAAUAGACGGGUUGUUAUAGGGGCUUCUGUUUCUGGGGGCAUUGGGAGAUAGGGGAAAGCGUGCUGGCUGUGCUGGUUGGAUUCAGGGAAUCGAAAGGAAUGGCCUGGACUGGGUCGACGGAUAUGGAUAUGGUUGUUGCGCUUGGAUGGUUGGCUAGAAUCGCAAUUACGAAUGGGAAUGGGAAUGGCAAUGUAGUAGAGCGCACAGCGAGACAACAGAGGAGAGGAGAGAAGAUAGCUGAGAUACUAUGAUAGUGGUAGUUGGAGAGAAUAAUAUGAUCUUAAUUCA